UAGGUGCGCAUGCGUCUCCUUUAGAGCUUCACUUUGCUGUGCACGUACUUCCUCAUUUAGCUAUGGAUUCUAGCAACCGUAUUUAUUAUCGAUCAUUAUGGAGCUGUUCGCCUUCCAAAUGGGGUUAUUUGUCUUUUACCUGUUUAUACCUGUUAUUAUUGAUUGUAAUGAUAGGAGCCACCCAGGAGAAGACUCAGACGGUAGAGUUUGAUGUGCGUCCCGGGGGCAUGGUGCACAGCUUCUCGCACAACAUGGGGGAGCAUCGCUGCUCAUUCACGUAUGCAUCCCAGGGCGGUACAAAUGAGCAGUGGCAGAUGAGUGUUGGACUCAGUGAAGAUGAAGGCCUCUUCUCUUGUUCAGUGUGGAGACCUCAAGGGAAGUCCUACCUGUUCUUCACACAGUUCAAGGCAGAAGUAACGGGUGCUAAGAUUGAAUAUGCCAGUGCUUAUUCCCAGGCUGCAAUUGGGGGUACCAGAGAUGUUCCUUUGAAAAAUGAGGAGUACAUUAUUGGAGACACAACAGUGACUCACAGAGAAGGGAAGUUUCGUUCUGAACUGUCCAAAUUGACAGUUAUUGCAAGAACGCGACAUGAUGAGCUGUAAUCACAUCUGUGACAAGAAGGACAAUCUGAAGAGACAUAUAAGCUUCUAUGCACACGGUGACAAGCAGGUUUUGAAGGAACAAAAUAGUCAUUUCUGUGGACUUGAUGAUUAUUGUAAAGUAUUGUGCAGGACUCCAUAAAUAUGAAAGCCAUUAAUUUCCUCUCAUCUGUAUAGGUCAGUAUAAACUAGACAAAGGUAAUGGCUUCUCAGUACAUAUUCAGUAAGGGGCUUAAAAUCAGGAAUAGAACCCGAGAGAAGAUGGCAUAAUAGUACAAAGCACCAACAGAGUGAACCUGUGAUUUUAUUCAGAGGUUGGUGCUGGGUAGCAUUUAUAGCAGUUGUCAACAAUGAUUACUUUUUACCUCCUAUAUCCUGAAUGUAGAUGGUUUCGUUACUUUUCUAAUACAAUUUUUAUCAAACUGUGCAAGUCCAGAGUGAAUCUUGUCUCUCUGACAUGUGGAUAUAUAAUUGGUGCAUAAUGCAGGGAUGGAAACGUCUUAUGCUGCUGAGCUACAGCACCAAGGUCGUCAUGAGGUACAAUAGUAGCAACACUGAAGUCAAAAUUAAGUACAAUAUAGCAAUAGGGAAUUGCAUCUUUUCUUGUUCCAUGAAAGAAAAUUACAAUAUUAUGCCUCAAAAAAUAGCAUCCAGAUUUAUCCAGGUGUAUUUUAAGAGGAACGCAAGAUGUGACUUGUGAUCUCCGUAAAAGAAGGAAGAGAUGUGGACUGGUCCAGUGCGGGCAUCCUACACUUAGCAGUAACUGAGCAGGCCAAGAGGCCAUAAGGGAUACUUACUACAUACUUUGUUAUGCUGUACAGUAGAUUGUAUAGAAUUUCUAAAAAUCUUUAUGUAAAGAACGAAUAUCUAUUCCCACCAUUUAUUUUAAAUAUGGAUGUGGGGUGUGAACAUUGAAUGAUCUGUACUGGCCAGGACUGUUGCUCUGCAAGUCUAGGUGAAUAUUUUCAUUUAUUGAGUCUGAUACAGCAUUUAAUUGGAAAUAAAUCAGAGGGUUUAGUGAACCAUCUACAGUAAUCCAGUUGCUCAUGAGAACAUGUAAGCCUUGCUUGAGGAUUAUCAUCAGUUAAGCCACUAGUAGGGCACCAUAAUAUUUUAUCAGGGAUUAAUGCUCUUAUAAAAAAAAAAAAUUAUCCUCUUUUGGUUUUAGGUAUCUGUUGGCUGCCUUUGUUCACAAUUUAUUUUUUAGUUCAGAGAGUGAAGAGGCAUUUAAUUGCUCAAGAGUUUGUUUGCUUGUGGUUUAUAGGUGAGACUUGCAGAAUACUGAGCUGCAUUGAGUAGGCCCACUUUAUUACACACAUUCAUUUACCUCUUGCUUUCUUCAUCAAAUAGUGAGCAUAGUGUCAUAGUAUUCUGUAUAUGUUACACUAUUAUUACUACUGUAUUACUAAAUUACCUAAUUACCAAAUCAUUGCAGUACUGGAAAUCAGUCAUACUUGGCCAAAUCAAAAUCCUGUGGUCAGUGUGAUUCUAGUAUGAAUUUGAACUGACUUUUCAGUUGGCAAAAUUACAUGCAGUUUUGUGUAUUUAUUUUUGUUCUUUUUUUUUUGGUUUGUAGAAUGAGUUCAGUUAAAAUGCAGGAAAUAGAAUCCAGUUUACAGAUUGAUUGUGGUGGGGGGAAGCAAGCAGUUGUUUCCUAGGGUUGAAUAUUGAGUGUUUUCUCUAGUAUGCCAUUCUGCACUAUAGCAGAGGGUACUGCUGGUGGCAUUUAACUGGUCAGCUGCUACACAUUUGUUUGUGGUGUUUCUUAGUGGUUAACAAGUUAGACUGCAAACCACAAGAUUGCAGGUUUACAUUCCAACAUCGCCUCACUGCAUGCUAGCCACAUAAUCUGCUUCUGUUCCUCGGUCCUCUGCCUGGUAUAAAUCUGCACUUCUUAAAGCUGGGGAUAUCAAUAGUGCUUCAGUGCACUUUCCACCCAGUUUGGUUAAUAAUGGGGGUACUGGGGUGCUUAUUCUGUCAAGACUGCUUGAUCUUUCACCGUACUGUUUUCUUCUGGCUUCCUUCUAUAGCUUAUAUAUUAUUGUCAAAUUAUUUGAAAAAUCUAAUCCAUCCAAGUGUGCAUGUAAUAUAUGUGUGAUUGUUCUGCAUUGUGUCCCAUGUGCUGCUGGGGUAAAGGGUAGAGUUAGGUGUAAGAAUUGGCAGUACUUGAAUAUUACAAAUAUGAUGUGAAACUGGCUAGGGAACAUUUAUUUUUUCAAUGCAGUAUUAAGGGACUCGUAACCUACACUGGCAGCAUCACAUGGCAUGCACUAUACCAGUCCACCUGAGAGCUGCCUGGUUAAAUUAACAUGGAACUCUUUCAGAUCUGGGAAGAAAAAGUAGAGGCAGGGUUUCUAAUCCAGAAUCCUGGAGAUGCGAGACAAUAUUACUAACCAUUACAACACCGUAUCACCAUUCUGACAAUAUGGAUAAUUAAAAAAAAAAAAAAAAA